GCGUUGCGUAUAGUUCUUCUUCUUCUCACAGAACUAGCCGUGCGAUUUGUCCACAUGCCGUUUUAGUUAGGAGUUUUCAGUGAAAUUUCCUGCGAAAAACGUACAGUUUCUACUAUAAUCCGCAGCCAUGGCCAAGUUUGACCUCACCAGCAAAAACUGCCAGUAUUUGGAUCGUCAUUUAACGUUUCCUUUGCUGGAAUUUCUGCUACAAAAAAAUGUCUUCGAUCAGACGUCCCUGUUGAAGUUCAUCCUGGAGACGUUAAAUAAAACGAACAUGCUCGACUAUACGAACGACAUUCGUGAGCGGUUGACCCAGGAGAAAAAUCAGCCGGAUGAAAUGAACCAGCGGCGUGCAAAUGUGCUGGUAACGUUGAAGGAACUUCAGACAGAAGUGGGUCCGCUGAUGAAGUGUAUGGAGGAGCUGAAAAAUCCGGAUUCAUCGAAAGAUCACAAAUCGGUUAUACUUGCGUUGCAGCAGACACUGGAUUACGAUAUUAUCCUAAGCGCGCAAAAGUUGGCCAAGUUUCUGUACGAGUGUGGUAACUAUAACGAUUCGUUGUCGUACCUGUACGUGUGUAUGCUGGCAAUGGAACCGAACGACAAAAACUAUCUCGGCGUACUGUGGGGCAAGCUGGCCGUCGAAAUUCUGACGCUCAACUGGCCUACGGCUUUGGAGGAUUUGACGCGGCUGCGUGACUUUAUCGAUAACUACAAUUUUACCCCGAUUCAAGUGCUCCAGCAACGGGCCUGGCUCAUUCACUGGAGUGUGUUGGUGUUUUUCAAUCAUGCGAAAGGUCGUGAUCUGAUCAUCGACAUGUUCCUGUACAAGCCGCAAUAUCUGAACGCGAUUCAGACGAUGUGUCCACAUAUUCUGCGCUACCUUGCGACGGCAGUCAUCAUCAAUCGCGGUCGCCGCAAUGCGUUGAAGGAUCUGAUCAAGGUGAUCCAGCAGGAGUCGUACACGUACCGUGAUCCCAUCACCGAGUUUCUGGAACAUUUGUACGUGAACUUUGACUUCGAAGCUGCCCGUAAGAAGCUGAACGAAUGUCAAACAGUCAUUUCGAACGAUUUCUUCAUCAUCGGGUGUCUGGCCGAAUUUAUCGAGAAUGCGCGUCUGAUGAUCUUCGAAACGUUCUGUCGCAUCCAUCAGUGCAUUACGAUUGGUAUGUUGGCAGACAAGCUGAAUAUGAAGCCGGACGAGGCCGAAUGUUGGAUUGUGAAUUUGAUCCGUAAUGCGCGUCUGGAUGCUAAAAUUGAUUCGAAGCUGGGACACGUGGUAAUGGGCACGCAGCCCCUAUCGCCAUACCAGCAGUUGGUGGAAAAAAUUGACUCCCUCUCUGUACGCUCCGAAGCGUUGACCCUGUUGGUCGAGCGAAAGCACAAAGCUAAGACUCAAGAAGCUGGCGAAGGCCACUGGAAGUAUUACUAACAACGUGGGCAACGCUAAGUUUACAUCGUUUCUACUGUUUCGCAUUAGCGCAGGGACAUAGAAAAAUAAUUCUUGGUAUCGUGAGGGCGAAGGAUAAACGUUCGAGCAGAAGCAUAGAACAUCUACAACCAAUUACAACUUGUAUCGGUAAACAAAAAAAAACAGAACAGCGUAAAACAUGAAACAUUCAUUCAAGGCAUCAAUGAAGAUGAACAAUAAUAAUAAA